UCGAGCGGAACCGACCGACCGACCGCGCGUGCGCGAGAGUCAGGCCUCGACACCGGGGGCUCCGAAAAUAACAUCAAUUUACCGUUCAACCUCCCACCUCCGAAUCGCACAGAGGACAAAGUCCCGGAUCUUUGUCAGUUUGGAGCUUUUUUUUAAAAAAAAAAGAAAAAACACCCCAAACUUACGAUUCAAAUUUUAUUCAAGCCCUGUCCUCGCUCCGAGGUUUAAUAACAGACUCUUCAAGGAAAUACCCAGAUGUGAAAUGCCCCCUUUGCCUGGUGUAGAGCUGGUGCAGACACCUCUUCAGUUAUAUCGCUAUCUCCUUCGGUGCUGCAAGCAACUUCCUGCAAAAAAUAUGCAGCAACAUUACAAGCAUGCAAUAAGGCAGAAUUUUAAGGUCCAUGCGGAUGAAGAUAACCCAGAGCGAAUUCGACAGAUUAUCAAAAGGGCAAUUGAAGAUGCUGACUGGAUCCUGAAUAAAUACAAAGAUCUGAAGCAAUGAAGCAAGGUCUGAAGUGGUUUAAGGAAGAAGAAAUACCAAAAGGACAAAUGCUUUGGGCCGGCACCAAAGAUACAAGGAUCUGCAGCACAGCAGUGAUGGCAAAAACAUCAUCAUCUAAAAUAGAAUAUUCUAUAUCUGAAAGAACAUAGUCAUAUUAAAAUAUAGACAAUUGGAUGGUAACAUUGGAUUGCAGUGAGUGACUUAUAAGAUGCCGUGUACUACAUACGGGUUGAUGUUUUUUGGGUCAGCUGGGUGUCAGACAUGCGAAAACCAAACGUGACCUGAUGUUUAAUUUCUGUAAACGUAGUUGCUGGAAAA